AUGGAGUCAGCUACAUCCGAUCACGAGCUCAUCCGAAAUGCAAUUGCAAACAUUGCAGUUGCAUUUGAUACGAACGCCUACGCGGAGCUUCGAAGUUCGUUUACAGAAGAUUGCGUGGCAGACUAUACGGGGUCGCUUGGCCUCAUUAAUGGCAUCGAUACUCUCAUUGGCAAGGAUACGGCCGAGGCUACGACGUAUUGCUCCGCGAGUCACUACGUGGGCGACAAGUCGUUCUUCGCCGAGGCAAAGUAUUUUGAUAAGCUGGUCAAAGUCACUGAGGGAAAAACUACAAAGUGGUUGAUCAACCAUCGCUUGACCACGAUGAUGGGCGUUCCACGAGGCGAUGUCUCUAUUUUCAACAUGGACUUGGAAGGAUGGGUUGACACCUUGGCGGCAUAA